AAUUAUACAUUUUUCAGUCGUCAUUCUCAGAUUUUAGGGGUUAAGUUUAAAACUUGUUUAUUCACACUAUUGUGCUGUGCACUGUGAAAUGGCGAAUUUACUGACCAUUUCACCUUUUUCGUGCUUCUCUGAUGAAGUUUUAUGUCUGAUUUUUGAGUUCAUUACCUCCACAUACGAUUUGAAAAAUAUUAUGUUAGCAUGCCGAAGGUUCCAUAACUUAAUAAGGAAACGCAACAAGUUGUGGAAGUUAAGACUCGAUGUCGAAAAAGAAGUUCUAGAUACUUUGGUAAGUAUCUCCUCAUUAAGUUUCCCAAAUGGCAAACCACCUCUAAAAGUGAUGGACAACUUAAUUGGUGGUAAACAUCCCCUUGAAUUAUUUGAAGAUGAGAUUUCAAAGCAUUUAUUUCACCCCCAAUCAAAGGAAAAUUUGACUUUCAAAUUUUAUGCAGAGAAACUACUGGAACAUACACGAAUACACAUUGCAAAGAGAAUGUGGAAACAAGUAGAUUCCCUGUUGCAUGGGGCUGUACUUAUCUCUCAGUGGGGUUUAAUGGAAGAGCAAUAUCUAAUUAGUUAUGAUGAUGUUGUUCAAGUCCUAGAGAACAUCACUGAUCGAGUCAGACAGAUUAUUGCUGAAGAGAGCCUAAACCCUGAUACAAGUACUGACAAGAACAAAACAGCAAUGGAGAUGUUGAAUGUCAUAAACCAAGUGUUAUACAAAGAGCUGGGUUUACAGAAAUAUGUCCUCCAUAAAAAUUCUGUAAAUUUUGCAACUGUUAUGUUUUGCAUUGAAAAGGUUCUUGAGAUGAGAGUGGGAGUACCACUCAUCCUGGCCAUCAUCUACUAUGAGGUGGCAAAGAGAAUGGGAAUUCUGUGCGAACUUGUUUAUUCCCCUAAAAUAUUCCGCUCAUUUAAGGAAUUUUCGUCCACUCCUCAUUCAUUUCUUCUCAGAUGGAAUGAGUUUUCUGAAGAUGACGAUCUAAAUUGCACUUACUACUACAACGAUCCUUGUAAUGGGGGUGCUUCACAUCGACCGCCUGGAACUUACUCGACCGUUCCAGUGAAAAACGUUUGCAUGGGUUUGGUGGAGAAUUUGCUAUCAGUUAAUGUUCUGGAUUGGCAAAAUCAACUCCAUUUUUAUCGAUUGGCUUGCAUAAUUGAUCCCAAUCAGGCUAGCUUAGUCCAAAAAUACGCCAAAUUAAGCAAACUUCACGGUGAACAACUGGAAGAGGCAAUUCAGCUUCUCAAGAAAGUUGACGGGUUUAUGAAUAAUCAAGCUAUUCAGUCAUUAAUAAGAGAUUGCAGCGCAAAGUUAAACAAAGCUCAAGCCCAGAACGCCAAGGAAAAGAAAAAUAUCAAACGUAGAUUUCCGCUAGUUAAAUAUGCUGUCGGACUAAUCAUGAUGCACAAAAGAACAAACGUGAAUGGGCUACAAAUGGAUCGAUUGGUCGUUAUUCACGCGUGGUACUACCGUCCUCGUCAACCAGUCAUCUACAAUGUCCUGUUUAACAAUGGAAACCUUUGCGAUGUAAAAGAAGGCGAAUUGGAACUUCAUCCUGCUCCUGCUGCCAUCAAACAUCCGGAAAUUGGCAAAUACUUUGAACGUUUCGACGGCCGAAGGUACAUCCCGAACGCCGAAAUGAAAGUACAAUAUCCAGAGGACGAUUCUGUUGCUCUAUCUUUGCUUCAGAGUGGGGACGAAAGUACCAAUCAAAUUGAAGCUGCAGUCCAUUAUCUCAUAUGGUUGUCAUAUGUCAUGUCAUACUGUAUGUUGUCAUCUAGGCAGUAUGCUGUAUAUACGAGCUUCGUGACGUCACCAUUCUAUUGGAUUAGUCCGCCUCAUCGCAUCGUGUAACUAUACAGAAAUUAUGAUCCAAACAAAAAACGGACUUCUUGAUGAUGCAAGUUAAAAUUGGGUAAGUCAUUCCUUCUAUCACCUUUCUUUAGUGAGGGUGGAAUUAUUGGACUUGAGGCUAGACAGCUGCUAGACGGGCGUAAGGGUACGUCAAUUGCAUUUAAUGCGGAUGCGCACGACUUUUUUUAGACAAAGCUACCGGGUAAAGGAAGCCAUACUAUUCUGUACAGUACCUUUGAAAGUUUAAGUAAUAGGUUUUUCAACAGAAACCACCAAGUAAAAAUUAUUGAAAUAAGAAACAACAUGGUUUCGCAACUUUAGCGCGCCAAUAACUGAAGUAAUGAUAGGCGUCACUCUCGUUAGUGUACAGGCAUAAGACAAGUGUACAUGUUACCAUGUCUGCAUAACUAAUUUACCUUGCUUUGCUAAAUUCCCAGUUCACUGAUUGCGUAAAGCCAAGAAUUAAUAUUAACCAGCUGAAGGGAUUUACGACUAGCUUUUCUUUUGAGUUCCCUUUUGUAAUUCAAGAUUUUCGUUUUUUGAGGCCAUAUCUACAGGAAAAUUUUAGAAACGACACCUAUACAAAUCUAAGUCCUCUGUUUUUAAUAUUCCCCGUGCAUUGAUGUAAAGCGAAACAAAGUUAUGAAAGGAAAAACAAAUGAUGUCGUGGUUGUGCAUCUAACUGUGAGGAAUGGCUGAUUGAAGGACAGUUAUCGGGAUGCAUAAGAAAGUACAUAUUCACAGAAGUACAGAACCUUAUAUGUAUUAACUUAAAAACAGUUGGAGUGGACCGCUGACACAUAGACGUGUCUCGUUCCAAGUUAGAUGGAUAGCGCGUCUUAGUUUAUAUUUCGUCGCACGUUGCAGAUUGCAUUCCGGUGCUAUGAUCAAUAUGCGCAGUGGAUGGAAUGGAGAACAAUAUCACCGAGGACUGAUAAGUGUUAUAUCAUUAACAAGUAAGCUACGGUACAUCAUAUUAUAUUUUACGAGUUAUUUGUGUCAAUUUCGUUUUGACAUUUAUUAAUAUUGGUUAUGUCAUCCAACAUGUCAUCCAACAUGGGAACGAGUUGGGCUAUAUUGGGUUCUGAAGGCAGUAUUAUUACUCCUUGUCCGUGCGUCAGUAAAAGGUGUGCCUCGUCACUCUGUUGGGUUCUCGGCAGCAACGAUAGUUGACCGAAUGACUGCUGAUACAUAAGCCAAUUACGUUCGUUCCCUCUGCAUCGCCCCUGCAUUUCCAGUGUGAUUAUUCAGUAACUUGCACUUGUACGACGACGUGCAGCUAGUCUGCUUGGUCAAGAAAACCAGUCUGUGCAGCGCCGCCAACAGAAUUUUCGGCAAAAAUUCAUCAGUUGAGCUUGGACCGGUUGGACAGCGCAUUGACAAAUCGAGACCUCUAUUUAAUCUUCGAUAAACGCAUCAAAUUUUGAUUUAAAACAAAAAUGGUGAAACGUCAACCAAGUACCGGAAAUUUAUUGCCUAAUCGGUCAAAACCCUUCGAUCAUGGAAUCACAGCCAUCCUCAUCAUCAUUUUCAGUUCUUUUGGCGUGUUUCUUGGAGGAACCAUGACAGGAUUGGCUUUCGGAUACGAAAAAAGAGAAGGAUUUACGUCAGUGGCCGAAGGAUACAAUUUACGAUGUGACAUUGCCGGGAUUAUCUUAUUGGCUACCGGUGGAAUUGGCCUGCUUGUGGCUCUUGUUCUCGUCUCUGUUUUUGGUGUCUGUUCUGAACCGGAAUGGUCGACUUGUGAAAUUUCUCCGAUAGUACCCAGCGUAUCGCACGGCGUCGAAGUAGUCGUUGAUGGAAAUAAUAGCACAUCUGGCGGACGCCGAAACUAUUGAAAAAUGUGUUCUUCUUACCGUUCAAUCGUGACCGUUAUCGCAAAAAUGCUUGCCUAUGUUU